AGAAAAGAGGCCCACCACUCAUAUUCCAUCCGUUACAAGACUAUACCCCUAACCCGCCCCGCCCCGCCCCAAAUAAACGUGUCACUCUCUCCCUAUAUAUCCAACCCUUUGCCUCCGUAGAAGCAUCUAGCGAAAGCCUUCUAGGGUUUCUGAUUUCGAAAGAGAGAAAAAAAAAAUGGCGGAUAGUGAUCAGGCUAGGGGGAAGGGGAGUGUCAAGUGGUUCAAUGAGCAGAAGGGUUUCGGGUUCAUCACCCCCGACGACGGCGGCGAUGAUCUGUUCGUCCACCAGUCCGGCAUCAGAUCUGAGGGUUUCCGCGUCCUCGGCGAUGGCGAGGCCGUCGAGUUCGAUGUGGAGCAUGGCGACGACGGCCGCACCAAGGCCGUGAACGUCACCGGUCCCGAUGGCGCUCCCGUCGAAGGUCGCUCCACCGGCGGCGGUGGAGGAGGCGGCGGUGGCCGCGGAGGAGGCGGCUACGGAGGCCGCGGAGGCGGUGGACGCGGAGGUGGUGGCUACGGAGGUAGCAGCGGUGGCUAUGGGAGCGGAGGUGGUGGCUACGGAGGCGGUGGCGGAUAUGGAGGCGGCGGUGGCGGCUAUGGAUCAGGCGGUGGCGGUUACGGAGGUGGUGGCUAUGGAGGUGGUGGCCGCGGUGGAGGCGGUGGCAGCGGUGGAGGCUGCUACCGGUGCGGUGAAGAAGGCCACUUCGCCAGAGAGUGCACUCAGAGCGGCGGCGGUGGAGGAGGCGGCGGCGGCCGCUACGGUGGCGGCGGUGGCGGAUCCGGCUGCUUUGGCUGUGGCGAGGAAGGACACUUUGCUCGCGACUGCCCGAACAGCAGCCGUUGAUCCCUUCAUCCAUCAACUCAGAGAGAGCCUAUCAGAACCUCUGCAUUGCUCUGCCCUGUAGUUUUUAUCUUAUCAUCUCUUUGUUUUUACUAUUAUCAAUCUGAUGUGUCUGUUAUUAUCGAUCUGGGUUGUGUUUAGCCAUCCCUUGAUCAUCCUCUUCAAGAUCUAGCUGACUAGAAGAACCUCCAAUGGUGUUAUCUAUCCUUAAACCUGGUUUUGUUCAUCUUUUAAUGGAAGUGUCUUUUGAAUAUUACUGAUCUUUAUUCUCAUUUCUGGAAUCUUUUGCUUUGAAUCUACAUAUGCAUGUUGAUAUUAAAAGUUUGUAGUAUAAAGCAGUGCAGUGGGUUCUUCUUCUUAUCUGCGUUUGGUUGCUUAGCUUUUUCAUUUUCUUUAGAGACUGAACUUUUUUAAAGUGACUGUUCGAUCAUGUAUAAAUUGGUAUACUAUACAUGCUAUGGUUGUAAGAUUUGCUAAAAGUUGAAUUGAUAAAAUACUACUCCCCCCGUCCCCUAGUUUUUGUCCACUUUUGACUUUUGGAACUGUUCAUCUAAGCACUUUGACUUAUCAAAUUCUCUCAAUGUGUAAGCCUAAAUAUAGUCAUGUGUGAUCUUGUUUGAUUUGUCUUAACAUAUAGAUUAUUAAUAUAUAAUUUCUAUAAUUUUUUAAUAUACAAAUUACAAGAUAAAAUGGAUUAAAGAAGUGCAUUGGAU